AUGUUGUUUGGCUUGCAGUGGCAGUGGAAGUUGCUGAUACUGCUGUGGACAAGCGUGGCCACUGCGGAAAGCGGAUGUGAUUUGACCGGAAUUUCAAAACGCAGCGAAACAUUGCGAUAUGAGGAAGCUGCGCUUCCAGAGUACUCACAGCUCAUCGCACAGCUCGACAAGCAUUGCAAGGGCCAGGAAGCACAGCAGCUGCGAAUACAGCUGCUGUACAAGAGCGGGCUCAUUCAGGUGUCAAGCGGGAACGAGUUGGCCGCUGUAGGGACGUUCGAAACCGUCCAAGAAUCCGCAAAGAGCACAUCCUCCCCGUUUGCGUCUCUCGCUCAUACCCGAUUACAAGAAAUAUAUCGAAAAUUUGGGUUUUGGCACGCUCUAGAGGAUCUCACGGUGUCCCAGCAUUACGACACCCUCAAAAAAAGUGUGUUAGCGCACUUAGAACACGAUAAACCGGUGCCUGUGGCAUUGCGUGAAGAGUUUCAAAAUCUGGCACCAUUUGCUCUAGAGUCGCUAAUAUUGGCCAACGAUGCUCUUUACAUUGAUCUGUCGCAAUCUCUUAGUAUCAAUGCAGGCCAAUCGAUCUUUGAGAACUACAAAACCGUUUUGAGUAAGCACAAGAAAUCCAUCAGUGUUUCUGAUAAGCUAAAGAUUCACCAUGCAAUCGCGGUCUUGCAAUUGUUCGUGCUGGCCACGCCUCCUACUGCACUGAUGAACUGUUUAGCGCUCGAUAUGGAGUAUAAACCAUGCCGGGAUCUUUCGAAAAUCUCCAGCCGAAUCAACAAAGUCAGCCCCUCUCUGACGGCCCUGACUCAUCCAGACCAAUUUCUGUCACUCCACGGAUUUGAUUGGAAUAGAUUACAAGAAUUCUACGUUGCUAAAAGUGUCAAACCAAUCAGCUCUGGCGAUCCAAUACAGGGUUCAACCAACCUGGAUCGUUUGCAAGCGUUGGAAAAAAAGCUUUUGCAGAAUUUACUGCAUCACAGGCCACUUUCGUCAAUUUCCAGACACUGGAAUAUAAAUGACUCGGCCGUAUCCGCAUUCUCUGUCAUAAGAGAUCUUGCACUGUGUGAGACGUACGAUCAAUCCUCUAAACCCAAGGUUGCCGAAACUUUUUGCAAAAGAGCGGCUCAAGCCAAGCUUUCUCCGGAGAUAUCAACAGCCAUAAACGCUUUUUCACAGAAGUUGCAAGAUGUAGAUAAGGCCAAAGAGACCCUUAAUAGCGUUUGGCUAGAUACUCCCUCACUUGCCCUGCACGCGAUCAGAAAUUGCGUGAGCUUUCUGGCUUCCAAAGACAAAAUCCGCAAUAGUAUGGCGACAGGUUCAAUUUGGGCCCUGCUUGAAACAUUUGCAAAAGAUCAUGGUUGGGAAGGAUCUCAAAACGAGGCAAUUGCCAAAUUGAAUCGCAUCAUCAAGAUUGCUAGCGCCAAGAAGAGAAAAGAGGGCCAAGAGAGAUUCCAAAAACAGCAACACCAGCAGCGGCAACAACAACAACAGUUUUUCAGGCAUCAACAAAACUCUUCCCCGCCUCCUGCUAAUGAUCUUUCCAUAAAAAAUCUUUACAAAGUUUUGGGACUUUCGAAGGAGGCUUCGAGUAAAGAUAUUCGUAAGGCUUACCUGGCCAUGACUAGAAAGUUUCAUCCAGAUAAACAGGGACAGAUGUCAGAUAAAGAGAAACAGGAAAACGAGGAAAAGAUGUCUAAAAUUAAUGAGGCUUACGAGAUUUUGGGCGACGAGGUGAAACGUAAAGAUUACGACAAUCAAAGAGCAGAUUCCGGUCCCCAAAGACAGCAGUCCCCCUUUGGAGCAAGAAACGGUGGUUUUCCGUUCGGUGCUAACAGUUUUAAGAUGAACUUUGGUCAGUUUUAA